UCUUCGCCCGGCACCGGAAGUCGUAUUUUUCUCAGGAAAGAUGGCAGACGUGACUGUGCGCUUUGCUCCUGUUGGCGGGUUUGAGUUCGGCAAUUGCAGACGAAAUGCUCUUCUGGAAAAGGAGUUUGUACAGAAAGGACACAAGCUCCCAGCAGCUCGGAAAACUGGUACCACGAUUGCUGGUAUUGUAUUCAAGGAUGGGGUUAUACUUGGUGCUGACACAAGAGCCACUGAAGGGAUGGUUGUAGCUGACAAGAACUGUUCAAAGAUCCACUACAUAGCCCAGAAUGUCUAUUGUUGUGGUGCCGGGACAGCAGCUGAUACAGAAAUGACCACCCAGAUGAUCUCUUCCAACAUAGAGCUGCAUUCACUCUCUACAGGGCGUGUGCCCAGAGUAGCAACCGCUAACCGCAUGCUGAAGCAGAUGCUGUUUAGGUAUCAAGGCUACAUUGGUGCUGCACUUGUACUUGGUGGGGUGGACAUUCAAGGCCCUCAUCUGUAUAGCAUUUACCCACAUGGAUCAACAGAUCGGCUACCCUAUGUUACAAUGG